AUGCUGCGUGAGGCAUUUCUCAUAUUCGUAUGCGUGGCAUGGGCGGGAUUUGCCAUUCAUAUCUCGCCGUGGAUCAAGGGCAUAUCCUAUAAAGUUGAACCCUACAAUACUACGACAUCUCGCUACCCAGUGCCAUCGACUUCACACAGUGAAGAACACACGCGUCUACUGCAGACUCUUGAACGAUCCAGUGGAAAAUGGGACACUACCCACCCGCGACAUCGAUUGUUAACUGCCCUGCAUGGAUAUAGCAGCUACAAAGACAAAAACCUAGCUGAGGUGACUCGAUGGAGAAGUCUUUAUAAAAAUGUUCCUAAGCGGCAGCGAACGUUGCUCGAAUCAACCAUCCACUACACGCGUAAACUCAACACAAUGGAACAUCUGCUCGAGAAAAAUAACGAACUCGCCAGAUCUAUUGUUGAUCACGGUCUUUGGUUCUACAAUAUUAGUCAACCUGAGCUGGACGAAUUCAUCAAAGAAAGUGAGACUGAGCAGCGGUACGCUGAUAAGACUAGUGUCUCUCAGGGAAUGAAGCAUUUUGUACGAGACUGGGCAGAUGAGGGCCAUGAAGAGCGUGACCAAUCUUUUGGAUGUAUUCUGGAAUCACUCGCUCAGAUACCACGGACGAAAGAGAGACCCUUGCGAGUGCUGUUGCCUGGGUCUGGAUUAGGAAGAUUAGCGCAUGAGGUUGACAAGCUUGGAGGCUUUGAGGUCACUAUGAAUGAAUGGUCCACAUACAUGAAUCUGGCAUAUCGUUAUGUAUCCAGUGUGUCUGUACCCAACAGUGUAUCAUUUCACCCGUACAUCGACUGGUGGUCUCACCAGGCCACGACCGAUGAUCUUCAGCGCUCGGUCACAUUUCCAAACCAAGUUAUUCACCAAUCAUCUGUCCUGCUCAUAGAGGGAGAUUUCACUACGGUAUUCACAGAACACACAGGCCAGUACGAUAUCAUCGUGACCUUGUUUUUCAUCGAUACUGCACGGAACCUAGUCACAUACCUGGAGACUAUCCACAGAUUACUUCGCCCUGGUGGCCGUUGGGUGAACCUGGGUCCUUUGUUGUAUGGCACCGCGCCAUUUGUGCAGCUGUCACUAGACGAGAUUGUGACGUUAAGUGAGAGCUUGGGAUUUGAGUUCCAGGAGACAGAUCCCAAAAUUGGAAAUAUCACAUUGCCUAACUUGCCAGUGCGGGGGUUGGAGGUGGCAUAUGGUCGAAAUGGGCGUGGGUUGAAUAAGAAUGCGUAUCAGGCGCAGUAUUGGGAGACUAUUAGGCGUUAG